AUGCUCUGUGACAUCUGGUUUGCCAGAGGAACAUGCAGACUUUACGGCACUGGAGGAUUCGCUACCGGAGAGCCAUCAGAUGGCUCUUUGGACUAUGCCUAUAUCAGCAACCCACUACCCGUCAACUCGCCUAACCAACUGACUGCUAUGUGUUCCACUAAGUGUCCAGGUGCUGAUGGAGGUGUGCAUAGAUCAAAUUCCCGAGACACACAAGAUACAUUCGAAGAUUGCAUUGAUGCCUGCUUCUUGAUGUCCAAAUGCCAUAGUGUGGAUUAA